UCCAUACCGCUGCGCGUUCGUUUGCUCAAAAUUGUGGCUUUUCAAUGUCAAGGCAGGCGGUGUGUGGUGUAGCCACCUCGUCAAAGUGACGUUCCUCGGGAGAUAAAAGAACGCCGCAUGUUUGAACGGUCGGUUCAUCGCUCUUGUGGCGCGGAUCGGGUUCGCGUGAGCAGACCCCUCCCGUCAGUCAACGGACCGACGCGCCUUCAACGGCACGCGGCACCUGUCAGGCACUGACUGCAUCUUGAUCGGCUGUCAACCAUGCAGCAAGCAGGAGAGGAGCAAGUCCUCGCGGACGUGGAGUGGUCGGGGCGCAAGCCCCUCACUCUGCACGUGUGGGAGGCCCUGUGCGUGGCUUCCAUGCUCUUCGUGUGGGCCUGCGUGCCCCUGCUGGUGGUCGUCGUGGGCCCCCUUCUCCUGCUGUGCCCCUCCACCUACUGGCUGGUGCUGCCACUCCUCGCGUGGACGUUCUUCGACAGACACGCCGGCUACACUGGAGGCCGGAGGCCGCUCGGGUUGCGCGGCACGCGCUUCGCACGCGGCAUCCUGGGGUACUACCCCCUCCGCGUGGUGCGAGCCGCUGGCUGCGAGUUGGACCCCCGCCGCAACUACAUCCUGGACGCGCACCCCCACGGCUUCAUGCAGCUGGCCACCCUGGGCGCCGUCCUGCUCAGCGAGAAGGUGCCCGCGGCCUUCCCGGGCAUGACCUUCCGAGCAGCCGGAGCGAGCUACCUGGUGCACCUGCCCAUCGUGCGGGAGGUCGCGCUGAGCUUAGGUACGAUCAGCAGUUCGGAGCGCAGCAUUCGGCAUGCACUGCAGCACCCCGGCCACGGUCUGGCCCUCUUGGUCAUGAGCGGUGCAAAGGAGGAGACUUUGCGCCUCUCCGAUGACAGCUACAACUUGUACCUGAAGCGGAGGGGCUUCUGUCGGGUCGCCCUUCUAGAGGGCGCUUCGCUUGUUCCUGUCCUGAUAUUUGGGAAGAUCCAUGCCUACCGGCAGCCAUUCAAAAACUUGAGCUCCUGGUUUCAUCAAAAGACUGGUUGGAGACUUGUACUGCCCUUUGGAAGAGGAAUCUUCCAACCUUACCUCGGACCACUUCCUCAUCGGGUGCCUCACACCUACGUCAUCGGAGCACCACUGUUAGUCGACAGAACGGAGAAUCCAACGAAGGAACAAAUUGAAGACCUGCAUGAACGAUACGUGGAGAAGUUGAAGCAACUGUAUGAAGAGUACAGCCCGAAACUGCACUCGGGAAAUGUGCCAUUAAACAAGGGGAGUCUGCUCCUCAGUCUGUGCCAAAAACAUAGUAGGGUCAAGCGGCACUCACGUAAAUUUUGUCAGAAUGUUAGAACUAUGCCCGAAUUCCUGAUCAAAAUCCGUGCACUUCUGAAAGUUGUGAUCCUGAGAACUUAUUUUGUUAUUGAUUGCCUGAGUUCUACAGAAUGUCAGAAUAAGUUUUCAGCUCUCAGAGGUACGUGA